AUGGACUCUGAAACGAAUGAAAUCAGGGACCAAACUACAACACCUGUUGAAAAUACAGAUAUAGAUACCAAAACAAUUGAAGAUGAAUCAUGCGCGUCCCAUGAAAAUAAUUUAAAAUCUACUCUAGAUGAUACAACGGCUCUCCAAAAUGAACAAGCUCAACAAAUAGUUCAAACGCCAGAAACAAACGAUAGUACUAAAGGGUUGCUCAAGACAGACACUGAAGGGGAGGGAAAUGUUGUAUCACCACCAAAUGAAAACAGUUUAUUAACCACUGAGGAAAUCGAUAAUGAUUGUUCUAACAUCGAAGGAACGGAGAGCAAUGGAAGUAAGGGACCGACUACAGAUACUGUUACUGAAGCAAAUGUUGAGCAGAUUGAAAAGAAUCCCCAAAAUACAGAUACAGCAAUUGAUGGUGACCAAAAUAUAUCCAAUUUGCCUGAAGAGAAUAUAAAGGAAGAUGGAAUUGUUCAUGAAACUACCGAAAAUGUAAACAAUAAUAUCACCUCCGAUGUUAACGCUCCUACCCCAGGUUCACAUGAUGAACCAGGCUCAAAUCAAUCGGUAAUUAAUGACAAUGGAAAUACAAGUCAAGAAGACACUACCACUCGAAUAAAUGGUACCAACAACAUGACCAUUAAUGAAGAAAAUACUUCGAUAGACAACCCUAAUUUACUUGAACAUGUAGAAGAUGACCAUACUAAGAGUUUUGAUAAUAAUAUUAAGCUUGAAAAUAAAGAGCAAACGCAGGAACAGGAGCAACAGAAAGAAGUGAACCAAGAAUCAAACCCAAUCCUAGAUCAACUGGGAAACCAAAAAUUAAACAAAGAAACAACCAUCCCGGUGGCGACUGGAGAAGAUUCUUUCGAACAAAAUAUCACAACUUCAGCACCAUCACAACCACAAGAUGCCAUGGCUCCUGCGGAACCUAGUCAACUACAAGCAACUACUCCUAGUGGCUUACCACAAGGACAAACCAGCAAUGUUAUAUCCUCAAAUGGGAUAAUAAACAACACAAAUACAAGUGAGGUUCUGAAUAUGAAUGAGGAUGACAAUAUGGAUGUCGAUGAUGAACAAAGUUUAGAUAUACAAGUCGACGCACAGAAAGGGUUUUUUGGAAAUGCUGAAGAAGAAGAAGAAGAAGAAGAAGAUGACGUUGAUGGUGACAAAAAAGUCGGUGAAAAUACUGAACAAAGAAAUGCACAGCAAACUGACAGUCAAAGAAGUGGUCCUGAAGUGGUACUUACAAAGGAAAUAGAUCCAAACAGUACAAAGCUAGAUUUCCCACAAUUCCAUGAAAUUGUAAUACCGAGUUAUUCGAAAUGGUUCGAUUUAAAUAAAAUCCACAAGAUUGAAAAACAAUCUCUCCCAGAAUUCUUUACCAACAGAAUCGCAUCUAAGACACCACAAAUUUAUGUUAGGUACAGAAAUUUCAUGGUUAAUGCCUAUAGGUUAAAUCCAACUGAAUAUUUUAGUGUGACCGCAGCAAGAAGAAACCUUUCAGGUGAUGCCGCGGUAAUAUUUAGACUUCAUAGAUUCCUUAUGAAAUGGGGCAUUAUAAACUAUCAAGUAGAUCCUAAACAUUUACCCAAGAGUAUUGAACCGCCUUUCACUGCUGAAUACUCUACUAAGCAUGAUGCUCCUAGGGGACUUUUCCCAUUUGAAAGUUUCAAACCAUCUUUACAAUUACCGGAAUUAGCAAAAUUGAAAAACAUGAUGGAUCUUAAUGACCAAAAUAGUGCACUUUACAAAUAUUUACUUUCAAAAGCAAAUCGAGAAAGAAGAAAUUCAAUUCUUGCUGACGAACCAUUGAUGCAAGAUGCUACAAUUUUAAAAGAGAAUAAAGCGAACACUAAUAAUACUAACCAUAAUACUAAUAUUAACGAGACAACGAAAAAUAAUAAAAGGACAACUGAUGAUGCUAAGUUAGAUACAAAUGAUGAUAAAGAAGAAGAGAAAAGAGAAGAAAACAUGAAAUUGGAAUUGGGAACAAGUAACCAAAGAGAAUCCCCUCAUCCAGUGAAGAAACUAAAAAUUGUAGAUGCUGGGAAGGACAAUAGUUGGACAGAGCGAGAUAUACAAAAUUUGUUGAAAGCUAUAAAUGAGUUUGGUUCAAAUUGGUAUAAAAUUGCGAAAUCUAUUGGAAAUAAAUCUCCAGAGGAAUGUAUUCUUAAAUUUUUACAGUUACCUAUUGAAGAUAAAUUUUUAUAUCAGUCUAAUAUGAACGGGAAAGAAAACGAUAUUGGCCCUUUAAAAUAUGCACCUCAUUUACCAUUUUCUAAAAGUGAUAACCCCGUUUUAUCAACAAUUGCUUUCUUGGUUGGUUUGGUGGAUCCAAAAACUGUUCAAAAAAUGACCAAUCGUGCCUUGAAAGAAUCAUUGGAAGAGAAUAAUAUUGACGAUGUGGAUUCUAAAGAGGCAAAGCUUAUAGAAUCACGGAAUGAAAAUGAUUCAAGUAACCCUCCAGUUUCUUCAAAUGGAAUUGAAAAUAAAGAAUCUGUCCCAUCUAUGAUCAAGGAGGGUUCUGAAGUUGCUAUGGCGGCGCUUGGAAUAAGGUCUAAUAUAUUCGCAACUAAUGAAGAAAGAAAAUUAGUAACGCUUUCAAACCAAUUAGUCCAAGUACAAAUGCAGAAAUUAGAGUCCAAAUUCAAUUUAUUGAAGAAGUUUGAAAAAUCGUUAGAAUUGGAAAAAAAAAUUAUUGAAAAACAACAAGAAGACCUUCUGAUACAAAGGCUAAGUUUUAUCAGGAAUUCGAAUAUCCUUUUAAACAAGUUAAAGCAAAGCGUUGAUCAUGACGCAGAAACCAAGAUAGAUAAUAAGGAGGCUUUAAAGGAAGUAAUUAUGGAUGUUGAAAGAUUCUUAGCUAAUCCAACGAAACUAAGCGUUGGUUCAUCUGUCGAUUCUAACACGUUAAAAACAGGAGGCGCCAACGAUUAUGGUUCCUCCUCUUCUAAGACUGAAAAAGACAUCAAACCUAUCUCUAUUGAUGCACCGCAGUUUUAUAGAUACUGGUCAGCAUAA